GGUGUACCAUUUGUGAAGUGAAGAUCUUUCCUUGUCUAUCAUUCAUGCUUUCAUCAGUCAUCGACAUGAUUUUCUAAGAAGCAGGUUAAAAAUGAUUUUGGGCUCGAUGUUUUCUCUUCUUCUAGCAUUUUGGGCACCUAAAUGGACAACUCUGCUCAAAAUUGGAGGAGAGGCGGAAGUAGUGAUGAAAGAAGUAGAACAAGCGGCGGAAGUAGUGGAGAAGGUGGCAACGGUGGUGGAGAAAGUAUCGGAAGAGAUGGCUAAUAAACUUCCAGAUGAUAACAAAAUUAAGGAAGCAGCUUUGGUUAUUGAGCAUAUUUCACAGGAGGCAGCCAAGGAUGCACACAUAGCUGAACAAAUCAUACACAAGGUGGAAAAGAUUAAACAAGACCUUGAAGACGUGGAAGAGACAAUAGAGCCCAUUAUUGAAGAAAUUGAACGUCACAAGAAAGUCUAAUGGUGCAGUUAACAGCAAUCUGUAGCAAACACUAACACAAGGAAUCCAUUUUAAGUUGUUUUGACGUUUCAAGUGUGUGUAUCUUUGGAUUUUGGGCAGUCGAUCUAUAUAAUUGGCCUAUUUAACUCUAUUGAUUUUAUUUUUCAACAGGUCUAAUGUUCGAAUCCCCUUCCCCGUUUGAAAUUAUAUUGUUUUAUGGCUAAUUCGCACUAAGAAUAUACUCCAUAUACAAUAUUUAUUUUA